AUGUCAGUGCACAAAUAUCCCGGUUUGCUCGAUGAAGAGGAGAGCUACGAGACUGCACAAACCAUGGACCCAAAAUUAUACAGAGCGAUAAUGAAAGAUGACAUUCUUGAAUUCGUGAGAGCGAUGGAAUGUGAUCGACAACACGGGCCAACGGUUUCUUGCGUGCAGUUAGGUCCACAGAAUAAGACAGUGCUGCACGUAGCAACAAGCUUCGGGAGCUAUGAAAUCGUCAAACUAAUCUGCAAGGACUUGCCUGACUUAGUUGCUGAAAAGAAUGCGCGAGGUGACACUGCACUUCAUAUAGCAGCAAGAGCCGGCAGUUCACAACUGGUGACAUUGCUAGUCAAUUCAGAAUUCGCAGAAGGUGGUUUGCGUGAAAAGAACGAGGAAGGGAACACUGCCCUGCACGAGGCUCUGAAAUAUGGGCAUGAAGAAGUGGCUCGAAUUCUGAUCAACAGGAACCCGCUGAUGUCUUAUUCUCUUAACAAGGAAGGUAAGUCUUUGCUAUAUCUUGCUGCAGGAGCAGGAUUUCUCAUCAUUGUAAGGCUCCUUAUGGACAAUCCUGUUGGGAGCUACAGCACAGGUGCAAAACAUAAAAAUAAGUCACCUGUUUUCGCUGCGAUACUCGAGCACAACAUAGAUGUCAUUAAGUUGUUGUGGGAAAAGGAUCCAACAAUGUUUCAGCUGAGAAACAGCAAAGGCAAAAGUCCACUUCACGCAGCUGUAUGCAUGGGAUUUACAGAAGGGGUCAAGUUCUUACUAGACAGACAGUUUGAAUUUGCUUACCAGAAAGAUAAACAAGGCUUUCAUCCCAUCCAUUCAGCAGCCAGCAAAGGACAUGUAGAUAUUAUCCAAAUGAUGUUUCAGCAUCGGCCAGAUACAAGGGAGCUGCUAACUGCACACGGUCAGAAUAUACUGCACGUAGCUGCUAGAAGUGGGAAAUACAAAGCAGUGGAGUAUAUGCUUAAAAGGCCAGAGAUGGAGAUGCUUAUUAAUGAAAAAGAUGCUGAUGGGAACACACCUUUACACCUUGCAACCAUUUACGCGCAUCCAAAGCUGGUUGGCAUUCUUGUGAGGGACAAAAGAGUGAUUCCGAGGUUGUUAAAUAACAACCGCCAGAUGGCACUUGACAUUGCCGAGGAACAAAUUGAAGUGGGAUUGGUAUCAUUUCACAAGAGGCUUACCUGCAUGGCCUUGAGAGCAGUUGAUGCCCCACGAGCACAUAAACCAACUUCCAGAAGCACGAGUUUUAAGCUCGGAGACCAACUGGAGACAGAAAGUUGGAGAGACAAGAUAAAUACGAUUCUGGUGGUUGCCAUGCUAGUCGCAACAGUUACAUUUCAAGCAGGUUUCACUGUGCCUGGUGGUAAUAACAACACCCAUUAUGACCAAGAUAUCGCAACCAUGCUCAAAAAGGUUAAGUUUCAGGAGUUUGUGAUUUGCAACACCAUAGCAAUGCAUACCUCUGUCAUUGUUGCUGUCACUCUACUGUGGGCACAACUGGGAGAUCCUAGUUCCAUGCGUUUAGCUUUGAAGUCGGCUGUGCUUCUGCUGGGAUUAGCUCUUGCCAUGAUGUCUAUAGCAUUCUUGGCCGCUGUCUACCUAGUUGUCAGCACACUCUGCUGGCUUGCAAUAACCGUCCUCCUCAUAAGCUCGAGCUUUGUCUUUGCAUUGAUAGUGCUGUUUGUUCCUCUAUGCUUCUUGGGCUCAUCAAACCGCCACAUAUUCCGCCGUCUCUCGUACUAUCCAUUCUGUCUUGUGCUAUAUGCACUCAGAGACUAAGAAUUCUGAAAGAGGGAUGAGGUUAUCUGAAGAUAACCUCCAGGAACUUUAUUGAAUAAUACUAGUUCAGUAAUUGGUUUCGUUUUACUCGGUCAUUAUUGGGGUGGGAUCGGAGCUGGAAGCAUUUCAGAACCUGCAUAAUAGUGUAUAUAGGGCACAUGUGUAUGUGAUGUGUGUAAAUGUGCUUAUGCCUGUGAAUAGUGGCUGCAGAAGAUAUAAAUCUUGUAAAUAUAGCCUACAGGCUCUCUACUGUGGAUUUGGGCAAUGAACUGCCAACACAAUCAGUUGUAAAAUAUCAUAUCAAGCAUUACAUAUCUAUGGAAGGUGCAGAAUGUAUUUGUUCA